GGAUCAGGAAAUCAUUGAACUGAUGCCGAUACCAUCGACAUCACAGGAAAACAGCAACGCUGCCACCAUAUCCAUAUCGACUGAAAAUAUUGAUGAUGAUGACGACGAGAAAGAGGAAGGAAACAAUAAUGCUUUUCUGAACCAGGAAAAAAUUGAGGUGCUAUUAAUGCCAACGACAUCACAGGGAAAAGACAAUGCUUCCGCUAUACUGAUGCCAACUGAAAAUAUUGAUGAUGAUGACGCCGACCCUGGCGAAGGUAACUGUAACGAUUUUCUGGAGCAGAAAAGCAUGGAACAGAUGUCGAUGCCAUCGACAUCACAGGGCAACAGCAAUGCUGCCGCUAUAUUGAUAUCAACUGAAAAUAUUGAUGAUGACAACGACGAAGAACCAGACAGCUUUACUACUCAAAAGCUGUUUUCUUUUGCUUGGCAAAUAGCAAAGGGAAUGAAUCAUCUUGCAGAGAAAGGCUUCAUUCAUCGUGACCUUGCAGCUCGUAAUAUUCUGGUUGGCACUGAUAACCGAGUCAAAGUGUCAGACUUUGGAUUGAUGCGAGAAAUCUACGAGGACUUGUACAGUGGAAAGAAUACAAAGAAGCUUCCUGUGAAAUGGAUGGCCCCAGAAUCAAUUAAUGACAGCAUUUACACCAUCAAGAGUGAUGUCUGGUCCUUUGGAAUACUUCUUUGGGAAAUGGCCACCAUGGGAGGUGUGCCGUAUCCCACGUUAACCAAUCGAGAGCUGUGUCAACUUUUGAAGACUGGUUAUCGCAUGGAAAGGCCUGACAUGUGUUGUGAUGAAGUGUAAGUAACUAAAUUGCGUUGAGAUCAGUUGUCCCUCUUUCGAAAUAGGGCUGAUACUUGAAAACAAGCAAUUAUCCAAUACUUACAAAUUGAAAUGCUUGUGGCUCGCAUGAAUAUAUUUAUAUCGUAUAAAAACAACUGGUAAUGCUGCUACUAAAAGUAGAGGGCAGUCAUUCAUGAAGACCACAACUAUCGUAGAGGAACAUUGUUGUUUUUAAACUGUGGACAAACGAUAUGCGAACAACCAAUGUUAUGGACAUAUAGUGGCUUAAAUUAAAUAUAUACAAAGGAUCUGUAAUAUGAACUAUAUCCGUCCAAAUUUACAUAAGAUUUAUUUUAAAACCUGA